CAGAGAGACGUUUUGGUAACACAGUCACAAAAUGCCACAAAAAAGUUCGUUAAAGUUCAAUCACAGAGCACGAAGGAUUCGCGUUGGAUAGGUGUGGUUCGAGGUUCCAAGUUCGUUCUCGGCCAGUGUCGUUGAGGCACUGAGCUCGACGGAAGACUUGUGCGUACGGCUGCGCCCGCGCUUGUUCCUCUCACCUAAAACUGCACCGAAUGUGGUACUAUAAACCAAAGAUAUCAUAGAAUUUGACACCCUACACAAUAAGGUUAAGGAUAGAAAAGUGAACAGUAACGAAGCGUUUUUUGCAAGCAAUUAAUUGCGUUACCAUGUAGUGAUUAAUAAGUAACUGGAGCGUGAGAAAUGUGCUAGAGCAUUUUAAAUGCAUUGGAAUCUGUUGUCUGAAAGAAAGUGCAUGUAUCGGCUCGGCUUACGUUUCAUGUAAAAAGCAUGGCCGGAUGUCGAAAGUAGACGGUGGCAGGAUAGUAGGUGGCUACAACACGACGAUACAACAGGUCCCAUACCAGGUGUACAUGAUAGUGCAGAAGCCAGGUAACAAAUACUACCAGUGCGGAGGGUCUAUCAUCGGUCCGCGAUAUGUUCUCACUGCGGCGCAUUGCCUGACUGGGGUGAUAAGAGUAUACAUCCGAGCGGGUAGCACAGAGUCUGAUACCGGUGGUAAGGUGUACACUACGUCAUUUUACACGCAGCACCCCCGCUACAAUGCUGCGAACUCAGAUUAUGACGUGGCUGUAGUACGCCUGCUACAGAAAAUGACUUUGGAUGGAACCAACACGAUGGCCAUCUCGCUGCCACCUUCGAACAUGGUCGUUCAAUCUGGAACUGAUAUCCUGGUGUCCGGAUGGGGUACAACUUCUGAAAACGGUAACACUAGUCGCAACCUGAUGGCGGUGACGGUUCCUGUGGUGGCCACGUCGGAAUGUGAGAGGGCGUACAAUAACGCCAUCACCGCCAGGAUGUUCUGCGCAGGCGUUUCGGAAGGCGGAAAAGAUUCUUGCCAGGGAGACUCGGGCGGCCCUGCGGUAGACGAGAGCUCUGGACUCCAGGUGGGAGUGGUUUCGUUUGGACGAGGCUGCGCCCAGCGAGGCUAUCCCGGGGUGUACACCAAUGUAUCCAAUGUCAGGGACUUUAUUAAGAGACAAACCGGUAUUUAAAAUAUAACAACGGAAUGGCUCGGACAUGGC